UGAGAAUUAUUUGUUAAAUUAUUUCGUUAUUUUUUAUACGAAAGGAGAACAUUUUUUAUUUUUUCAAAAUUUCUGAAAACAUAUUUUUAAGUAUAUAAAGUAGAUAUAAAUAUAUAUCUACUACUAUAUAUAUAUAUACAUAUGCAUAUAUAUGUUGUUCAAGAAUACGUAGGAAGUCCACAUAUAUAGAAAUAUACUUAUACCGUUUACUUCAGAAACACGUGGCUAUCGCAUAAUUUAUAAUUUAUUGAAACUUUAGCAAGGAGAAAAGGACUCUUAAGUUGAAAAUUGUUUAUUAUAAUUUUCAUAAUUUUACUAACAAGAAAUUGACUAUUGAUAAAUAUAAUUUACGGUAAUAUUGAGUAUUGAAAAUUUGGAAACGAAAAAGUGAUUUUUCACAUUUGAAAUUUUUAUCGCAAUUCAUAUAAAUUUUUCUCUUUUACAAAGAUUAACUUAAUUAAUCUUUAUUAUUAAUUUAAAUGAUUUUUAAAUAUGCUAAUAUAACUAAAUACUAAUGUUUAAGAACUUUUGAUUUAACUCAGUCGUAUACUAUUAUUUAUAUAACAUCAUUUAGUGUGUUAUUUUCAUUAUGUUUAGUUGCACAAGGUAGUUUUCGUUACAAUAUAAUCAUAAAAUUCUGCCAUAAAAAUAAUUCAUCGAAAGGAUAACGGUUUUACAACAUUUUUUACAAAAGUAUCCGGGUUCAACGUCUUCUUACGCGACUAUAAUUUCACCGUUUCUAAUUACAGUUUUACCACCGUUUGAAGAGGCGCAGUUCUCUGCUUAUGCUUUGAAAAAAAAGGGGCAGGAGGCAGCGUGUAUCACGGUUAAUGAAAUAAGGCUUGUUCGACGUUUGAAAAAAUGGAAUGAAAUUGAAUAGUGCAUAGAAGUGGUGGAAUUGAAUUGAAUGUUUCAUAGAAGUGCGGCCAGCGACCAGCUGCACUUCACAGCAACGCUGCUAAUUAAAAAAUAAAAGUUUGCUGUGAAAAAGUUUACAACCGAAACUUGACGAAAUACAAACGACACUGCGAUCCCUAUCUGAAGGCUUUAAUACUGGACCUGGUAUCACAAGUAACAUCGUCAUAACAUACGUCUAAAUACAAUGAACAACAUGAAAAUAAAAAGCAAAAUAGCGGAAGAUGCGUGAAUGUCACGCAGUGGAAACUCGACCGAACUGAAUACACCGGCAAGCGUCAACAAGUGACCCGAUAGCAUCGAAAUUCUGCACGAUCAGCACAGUCUCGUGUUUUCAAAACGUGAGUGGUUUCCAUAUCAAACGUGCCGAGAAAAUCUCGUGGAUUCCUUUAAAAACCAGCCUCAUCUCCAGAAUCUUCACAGUUUCACGGAGAAAUACAUCAAAAAUUCAACAAAAUGUAUUUUAACACGUAUUUCGUGCUUUCACUACUUGGUUUGACGAUAUGUCAAGCAGUUCCAGCGGAGAAGAAAGAAGAAAUCAAAGAAGAAUUAAACAAGAAGGAGCUAGAGAUAGAACAGACUGGAGAAGACACCGAGAGAUCCAAAAAAUCGGUAUUCUUAAUGGACCAAGCAUUGGGAGAAGCUCAGAGUUUCGGUAUUCAAACUCCUUCACAACAUAUUCAGAGUCUGAAUAUCAAACAAGCUCCAGGGGUUUCUGAGACUGUCAGCAUCCAGAAUCCACAAUCUGUUCAAACUCUCAAUAUUCAAACUUCACAACCUGCUCAAACAUUCAGCAUCAAAGAUCAAUCUAGUCCAACCUUGAGUAUCAAUCAGGAUUCAGGAGUUUCUGAGACUAUUAGUAUCCAGGAUUCACAAUCUGCUCAAACUGUCAGCAUUCAAACUCCACAAUCUGUUCAAACGCUUAACAUUCAAGGUUCGCAACCUGUUCAAACGUUGAACAUCAAGCCAGGUUCUCCGGGAGUUCAAACACUAAGCAUCAAAGGUCCACAAGCUCUUCAAGCCUUCAGCAUCAAACCAGGUUCUCAAGUCCAAACCUUCACCAUCCAAGGGUCACAACCUCUUCAAACAUUCAGCAUCCAGGCUCCAAACUCUGUUCAAACUCUCAGUAUCCAGCCAGGUUCGCAAGGAGUUCAGACUUUGAACGUGAUUCAGCCUCAACGCGAUCAAACUUCUGCAAAUGUGAUAAUGGGUCCUCAGCACACCAAGACUGUCCAGGUGAUCCACCCUGGCCAAGGUGGUUCUCAAACCAACGUAAACAUCGUCCAACCUUCACCGAAAGAGAUUGACGUACCUGUUGUUGAGAAGAUUACUCGUACGGAGAAAAUUGUGGAGCCUAUACCGCAAAGAGUGGUUGUUUCUGAAAUGGAAGAGGAGAUCGUGGCUCCUGUGGUGCCUAUUUUUAGGGAACAGAUGGUUUUUGAUCCAGAGUGUUCUUGUUUAGUAAUAGAACCAGAAACCUUGCCAACCUUUUUUAAGUACUUUCAUUUUAAGUAUGGGAAACCAAAAUUCUACUCAGCUGUGAAACCUAAGAUGUUGAUCAAGCAACCUAUGAAGGUUUUGGAGGUUAGGGAACGCGCCUUGAUAGGUGUAUAGAAAGCAGCAGUCGAUGUAAGAGAAUAUUUAUUUAUUUAUUUAUUUAUUUAUUUAUUUAUUUAUGUAAAUUGAAAUCUCUAAGGAUUGUGUGAAGUAGAAUAAUUUAUUUGCUCUUUCUAAGAUCUUUAAGAGCAGUUGAGAGAAACCCAUUGUAAUUGGAGAAAUAAAAUUGAAAUAGCACCUAAA